AUGAUACAUAGGGCUCAGUACAACCAGGCCGUUGCCUUGGGACCGGGCAAUCAUCUAUUUGAUCUGAUGCAGAGGGUUAAUUCUCUGCACUGCACUGAAAAUGGAGAAUUCAACCUAAGCCCACUCAUCAUUUCGGCUGCAGUUCAUAUAUGGCACGAUCUUGAUGACUGGCACCCGGCAGGAACAGAUCUCAUAAACGAGCGUGGCAACUUAUACGAGUCCUAUAAGUUUGCGUUGUUUAUCUGGACCUACAUCAUCGUACACCCAGAUGACAUUGGCGGAGAAAAGGUCCAAGACGCUUUGCACUAUGCCAUGUUCAAUAUAUCGGAAGUCGAAGGCCCUGACCUAGUGCCGCUUGUCAUUAUUCCGCUCUUUUUGAGCGGAUUGGCAGCUAUCCGACCUGUCGACCGAGAUAUGGUCAGUGAACAGUAUGACCGAGUGGAGAGUUACUCCGAACAUGGCAGUGUCACACUCUCCAGAGAUAUUGUCCGAUCAAGCUGGGAGAAGCACGAUGAUGGGAUAGAGCGAAGUUGGGAUUGGAGGAGAUGGCGCGGCUCAUCGCUCAGCUCAUAG